UUUUCCAGCAAGCCAGACCCAUGACUUUAUUGAAUGGCAUGCUGAGAGCCAGCCCCACAUGUGCCACAGCAGGAGGACAUUGGCUCCUCAGCAUCAUCAAGGAGCAUGGAGAGGCCCUGCUGGAGGAGGUGCAAGACAUCCUGGGCACCAUAAUGAUGCACAUGCCCACUAUGCAGGAAGGGUGCAUGAAGGGUUUUCUGCUGGAAGCUGUGGCCAGUCUAGCAGGCUUCCACGUAGAGGCCGUCACCAGCAGCCUGCUUUGUAGACCUCUGCCCAUGGACAGUGACACCUCUGAAUUGUGGCGGGCGAUGAGUGGAGGCGAUGAUUUCUCCAUCCACGUGCUGCAUUUACUCCUCGCCAAGCUGGACCAUCAGGCUGAGACGGACUGCAGCUCAGCGGAGGACACCGCAGCAUUUGGGCCGCUGGCAGCAACCUGUGCUGCUUUGGAGAUUAUCAGCACCCUGCAGUGUGGCCAGGUGCUGAGGGACAUGCUCCCAGCCAUGCUGCGUGCUCUUGUGGAGCAAACGAGCCACACCGUGGGGCAAAAAAUGCCAGCGCCCGGCGGGAGCCUGUGCAGCAUUACGGAGGGCCAAGUCCACGUGGUGGGCAACCCUUGCAGGCUUUCCAUGGAGGCCCUGGCCUGCACCAUUUCGAAGGGCAUAGGGGAAAGUGUGGCCGCAUCCCUGUGCAAGGAGGGAACGUGGCCCUUGCUCGAGUGCCCAGAGACACACCACGAGGGGGUGUGCCAGCUGGACGAGGCGCUGCUGACCCCAGCCCUUCUUCUGCGGCCGGAACGAGCCAAGGACAGCAAUUACGCCGUUCGGCGGAUGGCAGCCAGGGCCCUGGGGAACGUGGCACAUGGUGCCCCUGCACAGCUGAAACACCACCGGACCCUCAUCCUGGACACCCUGGUCCAAGCCUCCUUCGUGCCAUCUGCAGAUGAGGUGAUGACAGAGGGCAUGAUAUCGCUGGCCAAGGUCCUCAGCCAGUUAGGGACCAGUACAGGGCCUGUCAUUUUGGCUGUGGGGACGCACGUCAGGGCCUUUUUUGACCACAAGGAUGAUGCCCUGUGCACAGCCUCAUUUGCCCUGUUCGGCACCUUGGCAGGGUGCCUAAGGAAAAAAUGGCACAGCUGGUAUAAAACCCAGGUGAGGCAGAGCUGGGCAGCGCUGCUGCUGCACCUGCAGGACCCCAACAAGGAGGUGGCCAAGGAGUGCAGAAGAGCUGUGGGCCUCUGCUGCCCUUACCUGGGGCUCAGGAGGGUGCAGGGAGUCCUGGCCUUUUACGUGCAGGGCUCUGAGGUCUCUGGAGAAGGACUGGUGGUGACGAGUCUAAGUCGUGGCCACCCAGGUGCUGGAGGCAAUCUCUAA